AUGUGCUGCGAGGAACACCACAUCUGCACGCACUGCAACCAAAUCAUCACCAGCACCACCGACCACUGCUUCGUCUGGCGCGCCGCCUACCCGCGGAACCCCGGCACGGAGCUCGGCACCACGUCCAGCGCCAGCACCUGCCCGGACGGGGAAGAGAUCGUCGAGGAGUUCUACCACGGCGACGACGGCUUCUACUGUCCCAAUUGCUCCACCACCGCCACCGCCUCCUCCUCCUACUCCUCCUCCUCUUCUCCUAAUUCUUGUUCCUCGUCCUUCUCACCGUCGUCGUCGUUCUCGUCGUCCUCGAAGUCGUCGGCGUCCGCCGCCGCCGCUCGGAAUGAUGACAUCUACCAGACCAUAAUGGACCACCGGCCGCGACCUCCUCCGAUCGACCCUCUGAGCGGGGAGGAGGCCGUUGGCGUCACCGCUGCCGCCGCCGUCGACGACGCUGCGAACAACGAUUCCGAUUCCCCAACGAGCGACAUUUCGGCGUCGACGAGGGCCACGACGUCUGCCAAUGCGAUGAUGACGCAGCAGAAAAGCACGGGCGGCGGCGGCGGCGUCUGCGGCGGCGGGGGCUGGCGGCUGCGGGUCAGGAAGAUGGUGGGCGGGACGACGCGGUUGGUUGGCGGGCGCGAGUAA